GUCAACACUGAUGGAAACAUGUGCUCUUGGUAACACGGAGGAAGGAGAAUAACAACCGCAUAUUGAGCUAAAAAAUUGUUAAAAAUUAUUGUAUUGUUGCUCAAAUUAUGGCAGAUCAUGCUUUUCAUCGGCCUGGGCCGUUAAAGCAAACCAACAAGGCCCACAAAACGGGAAGGCAUCGCUCCAAAGGUGCCAUUGACAAAGCACUGAAAGGCAAAGUAGGUCUCAAGGCGAUUUCGCAUAGGCAUAGACAGCAGCAGAGCAAGGAUCAGCGGCGUAAUCAACUCAAUCAGCUGAGAAAAAACAAGCGUAACGAUGUGCUGGAGGAAAAGCGUAAACUGGGUGGCCAAAACACGGCUCCACAUCUGGUUUGCCUGCUUCCUAUGCAUGGACAGAUUGAUGCGCGCUCCGCCUUGAACAUUCUGAUGGGCUGUGACAGCGAAUUGGUAGUGGAGAACUCCCCGAGCGGCAUCACUUACAUCAAUUUGCCUCGAUUUAAGCAACGGUUUGCCUUUGUUGUGCCGCCAGUUGGCCGAGGAAACGAGUUAAUUGUCUUGGAUCACCUAAAGGUGUGCGAUACAGCAGUUUUAUUGACAUCCGCUGCCUUUGGCGAUGACGAGAUUUUCGAUCGCUGGGGUCAUCGUAUUUUUAAUAUGAUUUCCGCCCAAGGUAUACCUACUCCAGUGGUAGCCCUCAUGGACUUGGAGUCACUGAAUCCCAACCGAAGGACACAGGCAAAGCAGGCGGCUCAAAAAUUCAUUUCGAAGUUAUUACCCGAGGAAAAGCUCAUGAAAUUGGAUACGUCCAGCGAAGGAUUGAAUGUUAUGCGACGCAUUGGUGGCCAGAAGAAGCGAACACUUCAUAAUGUUGCCAAUCGGCCUCAUCUAUUUGGUGAAAUUGUAGAGUUUAAACGAAAUUCCGAUGAAGAUUUCGGCACAUUGGAGAUCACUGGUUUUUUGCGUGGUCAAUCCUUGGAUGUCAAUGGCCUCGUUCAUAUACCUGGUCUGGGUGAUUUUCAAUUGGGUCAAGUGGUGGGCACACCAGAUCCCUAUAAACUGGAUAAGUCCCGUGAUGGUGAACUUGCUGAAGUCAGUGUAUUAGCACGCAGUGAUCCUGUCAAGCAGACAUCACUGCAAAGUGAAAAUAUUCCUGAUCCCAUGGAUGCCGAACAAACUUGGCCCACUGAAGAAGAAAUUGAGGCCUCCAAGCAGGAGACCAAGAAAAUGAAACUUAUUAAGCGAGUACCCAAAGGAUACAGUGAUUACCAAGCUGCGUGGAUACCAGAAGUCGAGGAAGUUGCAGAUGAUGACGAUAUGAGCGACGACGAUGAUGAUGAUGAUGAUGAAGAGGAUAAUGAAGAUUUCAUGUCAUGCGACAACAAAUCCUUUGAGGAUGAACAUGAGAAACACGAUUCGGAAACCGAAGAGUAUCUGGAUAGCGUUUCUGUGGCCUCAGAAGCAGCGGUGAAUGACGAAAAAUACGAUCAGCAAAUGGAUUUCCAAGAGGAGCGCGAGACAUUGAAACAACUGCAACAGGCACGCACGGAUCAAUUGUGGCCCGAUGAAAUCGACACUCCCCUGGAUGUGCCCGCUCAUGAGAGAUUCCAGAAAUAUCGUGGCCUAGAAUCAUUUCGAACUUCUCCCUGGGAUACCAAAGAGAAUUUACCCAGCGAUUAUGCCCGAAUCUAUCAAUUUCAGAAUUUCGAUCGCACCAAACGAAGAAUUCUCGCUGAGUCGAAGGAAUUUGAUGGCAUACAGCCUGGUCUCUAUGUCACUUUGCAUGUGAUCAAUGUGCCACAUAGCCGUUGGAAUGCAUUCCAAUCUGCCCGUCUAUUGGAUACCAUUAUAGUCUAUGGAAUGUUACCCCAUGAACAUCAGAUGUGCGUAAUGAAUGUGGUACUCCAACGUAUGCCAGACUCGGAAGUGCCUCUGAAAUCCAAAGAGCAGUUAAUUGUUCAGUGUGGCUAUCGGCGAUUUGUCGUGAAUCCCAUCUAUAGUCAACAUACAAAUGGCGAUAAACAUAAAUUCGAGCGCUUUUUCCGUCCGCAUGAAACACUCUGCGCCACUUUCUAUGCACCCAUACAGUUUCCACCUUCGGCUGUUUUGGCUUUCAAAGUAAAUCCCGAUUCGAGUUUAGCUUUGGUGGCUCGUGGACGCCUGCUCUCAUGCAAUCCGGAUCGCAUAGUACUGAAACGUGUUGUCCUUAGUGGUCAUCCCAUGCGUAUUAAUCGCAAAUCCGCGACCAUACGUUAUAUGUUCUUCUAUAAGGAAGAUGUUGAAUACUUUAAGCCUGUCAAACUACGCACCAAAUGCGGACGUUUGGGACACAUUAAGGAAUCGUUGGGCACACAUGGCCAUAUGAAAUGCUAUUUUGAUGGCCAAUUAAAAUCAUACGAUACAGCAUUUAUGUAUCUAUAUAAACGUGUCUUCCCCAAAUGGACGUACGAAGAAUGUCUAGUAAGGUCAGCCGAACAUGAACGUCAACAUCUGUCAAGAAAGAAUAGUUUAACAAUGGACAUGGAUGUCUAAUGGAAUUAGUUAUUCUAUUUACACAAAAACAACAAAAAAUAAUAUUACCUGAUUAUAUAGAAAUAUGUAUAGUAAAAGUUGGGUAUGAUUUAUAA